AUGAAGAUAUCUGAGCUGGAAGUAAGACCUGCUUAUGUUAAGUCCUCUGUCAUCACAUUUCUCUUGCUCUCUUUUGUUGUUUCAGAAAGAGUUUGAGCGACUGGACCUGUCUGUGGUCCAGAUCUUUGUGAUGAUGGUCGGAGAACUGAAUUACCAAAGCAACAUUCUGGACAAAUACCUAGACGACAAACUUCCAUUUCCCUUCCUCACUUUCCAUAUGUUUGUGAUGCUUGUUAUCCUCAUGCCGAUCCUGCUGAUGAACAUGAUGGUAAGCCUCUCCAUGACCUAAAGCGUGUCCAGCUCAUUCACUGGAGGGACCAAUGUCUCAGGGUUUUCACUCCUUCCGUGUACAUGAUUGGAACUCCCCUCACCUGGUUAUUUAGGUCUUAAUUAGACACAAAUUGAAAGGAAAUAACAAAAAACCAGCACACACACGGCCCCCUCCAUGGAAUGACCUUGACACCCCUGGUCCAUCUCAACAGUCCAAAAUGGCUUCCCUCUCCUUGUCUCCUUUCCUGUUGACGAAUGGAAGGAAGGAUGAGGCGAGAAAGCCACUUCAGAUUAUUGAAAUGCAGCCUCACAUUUCACAGGAAAGAUGGUUCUUAUUUGGUUGUGUUGUAGGCAGGUCUAUUGGGAUGUCUUAUCCUGGAGGCAAAACUGAGCUAUUUCCACUAGAUGGGCCAGCUGCAAAGUCAAAAUUGGAUAUAUUGUAAAAAAUUCAUGAAAACAAAAACUAGCUUUUUGGUCUUCAUUUAAGGUUAGGGUUAGGCAUUAGGGUUAGCAGUGUGGUUAGGGUUAGGGUUAGGUUUGUAUGACUUUGUGGCUGUGCCAGCUAAUGACCACUCUGCAGAGCUGCCUCCAUAAACAAGAUUCAUGACUAAAAACGCUAACCUACGUGUUGUAGAUCGGUUUUGCGGUCGGAGACAUCGCUGAGGUACAGAGAACCGCAGCUCUGAAGAGAAUAGCCAGGCAGGUAUGUAGCUGACCCUCAGUCCUUUUAUUAAGAUAAAAUUACACACAGAAUACAUAACAUCUAAUGGAUUCUUGUUCAGUGUGUUGCAUCUUUCCUCAAAGUCCUCAUUUUAUCAAAUCCCUUUAGAUGUUCUUCACUGACGUGUAUUGUAGUAUUGUAAAGUUGUUCUGAUGGGGUCAAUAUCACUUCAUCAUACUGUAGCUAAUUAUAGACUUCAAAAUAUUCCUUAACCUUUCUUCAAUAUAACAAAAUGCCAUUCUUGCUGAUUUUGUUGACUGAAGGCGUUGAUGUAUUUAUGUCAGAUUGAGCUCCACACCAAUCUGGAGGAGAAGAUGCCAUACUGGUUGUUGAAGAGA